CACCAACCAACAUCUUGCUACAUAGUAGAAGGGCAAGAAAUUGAGUUAAAUCCUCAUUUUAAAGAUGUCAAACAUGAAAUUGAAUUAGGAGUCAUUAUUGGAAAAAGAUGCAAUGUUAGCGAAAAAGAAGCAAUGGAUUAUGUGGGAGGAUACUGUCUUGGCUUAGACAUGACUGCUGCUUGUUAUCUGUCAGAAUCAAUGAAACAUGGGUUGCCUUGGGCCUUAAGUAAAAGUUUUGAUACUUCCAAUCCUGUGAGUCGAUUUGUAUCAACACAAGAAUUGCCAAAUCCUCAUGAUGUGCGACUUUGGUGUAAAGUCAAUGGUUUGACCAGACAGGAUUCGACUACUGCUGAUUUAAUAUUUACAAUCCCCGAAUUGAUAAGUUAUUGCUCCCAAUUCAUGACAUUGGAACCAUGCGACCUCAUAAUGACCGGAACCCCGCAAGGUGUUGGUUCCGUAAACAAAGGAGAUAUUAUCGAAGGCGGCCUAGGAGAUUUCCUCACGAUGACAUUUUACGUUAAAAAAUAAUUUGAAUUUAAAAAUUAUAGCUCUUUAUUCAUAGAAAUAUAUAAUAAGGUCGCUUGUGAUAAGUAACCUUGGGUGAACCGCAC